AUGUCGACCCCGACCGACUACCACAAAGAUAAAAUGUCGAAUGCUCAAGAGCAUAUGCUAAAGCUCUCCGUAUCUAGCAAGACGAAGCUCUUGAAGAAAGGUCCCCUUCUGAAGAGAAACCUGGGUGGUGCCAGGGUUCUGCCUCCGACGGGUUCGGGGAAUUCCUCCUAUACUCCUACCGGGGAGCAUCCUUCUCCACAACAAAUCGGUUCGCCGUUUCGCAAUGAUUCGGGGUUCAAAGAUUCACAAGUCCAACCUGGCGCGUCAUAUUCGGGUGUUCUUUUGCUAAUAGACCCUGAUAACAUAUUCUCAAAUUCAGCAAUGGCUCUAGAACAAACAGUGAAGGAUCUACAGACUCAAAAUGCUCAGUUUCAAUAA